AUGACCUUAACACGCUCCAACAACCUCAUCAUUUCGUUCAUUCUCGUCGCCCUCUCACUCAUCACUGUUACAAAAGGGCAAUUAAGUACGAGUACAUACUCUACAGAAAUAACCGUCGUACCCGUAUACGCAACACCCACCAAUUUUCUCGCAGACGCAAGUGCCAGAGACGCCACAUACACAAUUUCCACCGUCAUCGCACAUUCAACGCACACUGGAACAUUCCGUCAGAACCCCAAUGUUUCCAUCUCUUCAUGA